AUAUAUACGAUUCUGACUGGUGGAGGAACGUAGAACAAAAUCUUCCAUUUGGAGCGCAUGUUAUGCCAAUCAUUCUCUAUUCCGAUGCCACCCUCUGCGACCAUUUAGGCAAGACAUCGAGGCAUCCUGUGUUUAUGACACUUGGGAAUAUUCCGUUGAAUCGCCGCAACAAGGUUGACGCAAAAAUUCUGCUUGGUUAUAUUCCCAAUCUGGA